GACAGUGCUCUCUGGGCCAUCGGCGGAAUCAGUAGAAUCUGCGGGAAUCCACGGAAUCCGAGGAGGCAAUCGGGAGAUAAGCGGCAGGCGGCACAAGUGCAAUAAUCAAUAAACGUGCUGUUCAAACUUCGCUGUCAGGCCAAAAGAUAAAAAACCCCAGUUGAUUGUGAAAUUCCUGCUAAAAUACAUCAAAACCGUGUGCCACCUCCUGUUUUUCUUGUCUACUGAUUCCAUAAUAAUCCCCCAUUUGGCUUUGGUUUUCCACUUGCAUUUUCCACUCGCAUCCCCCACAACAUUUUUUUGGGGGUAGUUUUCCCCCGUGUCGUCUGCGGUGGCGGAAAAAAUCCAUGAAAAUAGCAACGCAACGCUUGUUGGUGAAAACGAGCUGAAGGGAGUGUUAAUUUCCAUUUCUGCGAAGAAGACAGCACGGCAUGUCUCUGGAGGAUCCCUUUUUCGGAGUCAAGGACGAGGUAUUCAAAGCUCUGAACAAAACCCGCGGCCUCUACCUACGUUGGCGGGAGUUGGGCGAGAGCGGAGGCGCCGAGGUUGAAUGGACCACCACCGAGCUGCGUAACUCGCUCCGGAGCAUCGAGUGGGAUCUCGAGGACCUCGAGGACACUAUCAGCAUCGUUGAAAAGAAUCCGAGCAAAUUUCGGAUCGAUAACCGUGAACUUUCCAGCCGGCGCCACUUCAUCGACAACACUCGCGAUGAGGUCAAGCAGAUGAAGGAUAAGAUGAGCCUGAACCGGAGCCGGGACAGAGACAUCACAGCACACCAGCCACUCCUCGACAACGAGCGUCACAGCCCGAAUCACAACCACUCCAUUGCCAUCACCAGCUUGAACUCCAACUCGAACGAGUACCACCAGCAUCCGCACAACGAUCGUACCUACCUGGUGGAGUGUCCCAGCGGCCUAAACGGCAACUCGCUGAUCAACAGUGGCAGCCAGGCAGUGGCAAAUACCAUAGCAGGCACCAUGUCAGCAGCGGCAGCAGCAGCUUCCCGCCACAGCGGCACCAAGUACUCCAAGCUGGAGAAUGCUCUCGACAGUCCCAGUCACUACGGGCAGUCGCAUCACGGCGGUCUGGACAGUCCCAGCCAUAGAUAUGUUGGCGAAACGGUAUCUAUACAACAGAGGAUGAUCCAGGGCCAGGAUGAGCAGCUGGACAUGAUCAGCGAUUCUAUUGGAACGCUGAAGACGGUCUCACGGCAGAUUGGUGUGGAGCUGGAUGAGCAGGCGGUGAUGCUGGACGAUUUCGGAAACGAGUUCGAUACUACGGAAUCCAAGCUGGACACGACCAUGAAGAAAGUUGCCAAAGUGUUGCACAUGAAUAAUGAUAAACGACAGUGGGCCGCCAUUCUCAUCUUAUCCGGGCUGUUAUUGUUUGUGAUAAUUUUGUUUAUUGUUUUGUAAUUACAAUCGUUUCAUUUCCAAAUCGGAUAUACAUAUAUUUAGUGUAAAUUAGACUAAUUUAAAACUUGGCUUAAUUUAAAAUUCAGGUUCUUUAAAGCAAAUUUAAUUUAUUGUUUUGUUUUUUAAACAUUUUAUCAAAGUAUUCCAAGUAAACUCCUUGCUGUAUAUACACGUAUAAUAACAAAAAAAAAAAGGAUGAAAAGAUGAUCAUGUUAAGUCAAAUGUAGGCGGGUAAUAAAUGAUAACCAUUAACCUUAUAUACCAAGUGCUCCGGUCUUAUGUAAUUCCCGAUUUGGCCAAAGGAUACUGCAACUGACCUGUACAUACAUCGAACAAGAUGAAUAUAUCUACAAAAGGACCUACCAAUAUCAAACGAGUUAUUUAACGAAGAGUCUUAGGAAAUUCCUUUAACAAAGUCUAGCAAAACAUGUAUGCAGUUGAGUAAAUAUACUAUAUAUAAAAUAUAUAUAUAAAUGU